AUGACACCCACUAGGGUAUGGUCUCAUGGGAAGUACGGAUCUAUCCGACCGCUGCUGUAUCUAACGCUGAAAUAUCGUAUAAAAGUGGCGACCAAUGUCUCUGAACGUGCCUGCAAAGCGAAUUUUGAGCGCUCGUUUGAAGUGAAAGCGAUCAACCAAGCGCAAAGAGGGGCCUCUUUGAAAUCAGAUACAUCUUCACGACGUAACGACAUUACUGUUUUGCAAUAG